AUGCUUCGAAAGAAUUUUUACGAUGGUAAUAAGAUCGUAUUACCACUUUCAAAAAAUGCCAGUAUUCAAUUGCUUAAUCAUUGGAUUCAUCAAGCCACUAGUGGCUUAAUGGCUGCUUUUGCCAGCAAAAGAAUGAAAACGUUUAGUUCUCAAAAGGAUGCACAAUUUCAUUACUGUUCCAAAGAAGCAAAUUCAAUCGCUAAACAUGCAAAAUGCAUUGUGGAUCUGUUGAUGUUGGAAAAGAAGCCACGAAUCAAGAUAUAUAAACUCGAAAAUACAAAACGAAAAUAUGAAAGGCUGAAAUAUCUUCCCACUUCUAAAAUUGAAUUACGUAAACCAGAUGCAAAAAUUGAUCGGAAUCGAAAAUAUAUGCCGAAGACUGAUUAUUGGAUAGGCGGAUUUCGCAUAUUUCGGCAUAAACGAUCAACGGAGAAAAUGAAAUGGAAAAUUAAAAGAGUCAACAAAAAUUCAUAUCAAUUGCUAACUGAUAAUGACAUAAAGACGACUUUUGGAAUGAUUAUAAAUGGAGUUAGAAAAAUCCUUCAAAAAUUGAAACGUCACAAAACUUCAAAAUCAUGGUCGGCAACAUUAGCUGAAAUACAAUAUUUAGCUAUGCAAAUGAAGAAACAAGAGAAAUCAUUGAAGAUGUUUGGCAUUGAAACCCAAAAUAAUGGUAACAAUUUAAGUCAUUUAAAGAAUGUAUUAAUUAAUCCAACGAAGGCGAAAAUCACGAAAUCACGAAAUAGUCGAAUGCAAUUAGCUGCAUCACUUUCAAAAUUGCUUCGUGAUGCUGCAUUGCUUAUAGCUUCUAUGUCAAGCAAAAAUAUUUCCAAUUUGCAUAAUAAAACAAUUCGAAUAGCAUCACCCCGAUUUUUUUCAAUUUUCCCUGAUAAUUACACACAAAAUACAAUGAAUUUACUUUCGCCGUCAGUUUUAAGCUUGCAUACUGAAGGUAAAAGUAUUGAGAGCAAAUUAAGUGUGCCAGAACUCCUUGAUGCAUUCAAAUUCAUGAAUGAACAGGAUCGAAAUGAAUUGCUCGAACUAAUUGCUGAGGCUUCUGGACUUACUGACGCUAUACAACAAAUUUAUAGAAAAUUCGAAACAGAAAAUAAUGUGCGUUACGCUAAAGGUAUUAAUGGACAACCGCUAUAUUUCACAAAACAAAACGUUAGCGAAUUGUACGGCGAAAUAGAAAGCGAUAAAGUCGAUACAUUUGAGAAGCUCUACAAGACACUAAGCAAAGCACAAGUUGGAGAAAUGAAUGUUAGCGGCUAUGCAAUAUUAACUAAAAGGCAAUUAAAACUUAUUUAUGGUCAACGAUCACCGUAUUAUCACCCAAUUGCCUUGAAAAAAUUGUCAAAAUUGUUGGAAGAAAGUGAUGGAUUACAGAAAGCACUUGAAAAUGACUUAAAGGAAUUAGCAAAAUCAGAAAAUUUUGGUUUACAUGUAGGAGAAUUACAGCGAAGACAAAAACGCUUUGGUAUCUCUCUUUCACCUUUCCUGCUAUCACCAUCAAUAUUAGCACCAAACGCCUUAUCACAGCCAUUACUACUUUCUCCCAUAAUCUUAUCACCUGUAAUCUUGAGUCCAGCAAUUCUUGGUCCAUUUAUCCUGAGUCCUUCGUUAUUCAAUCCAAUAAUUCUAUCACCUCGAAUUCUUGCUCCUUUUAUCCUCAGUCCUUCCAUUUUUUCUCCUUUAGUAUUAUCUCCUCUAGCAUUACAUCCGCUCAUCCUUUCGCCUGGCAUAUUCAAUCCAGUAAUCCUAUCUCCAUUAGUUUUAUCACCAUUCAUAUUAUCACCUCAAGUGGCUACUCCACUGAUAUUAUCACCAUUAAUGUUAAAUCCACUGUUCCUAAAUCCCAUGGCUUUAUCACCGCUCGUUUUCAGCCCAUUUAUACUAUCACCAAUUGUUUACUCACCUCAAUACUUAUCUGCCCUGUUCUUUAGUCCUUACAUGCUUUCACCAAUAAUUGAAAGCGAAUUGAUCAAUUCCACAGUUAUUAUGUCACCAAGUGUUUUAAGUUAG